ACUAAGCGCCAAGACCCACCCCGCGAUGGCGUUAAUUGGAUUAGACCAGGUCCGCAGCCAGCAAGUUCUCGCGUCCGAACUAGUUGGAUUUCGUCAUCGCACAGAACAGCAUGGGAAUGCACUUUCAAAAGAUCCUAGUCGUGGGAGGGAUUGUGUUUGGAUUCCUGUCAGCCCUUGUCCUCUUGGUGGGAACCCUGCUCAAGGACUCGAUUCCAAAUGUAUUGGCGCCGCAGGAGCGCCAGUUCGCCUUCGACUACGUGAUUGUUGGAGCUGGCACCGGGGGCAGCACGCUCACCUCGCUUCUGACCAAGCACAGCAACGGCAGUGUGCUGCUCAUCGAGGCCGGUGGCCAGUUCGGCCUGCUUAGCCGGAUUCCGCUGCUGACCACCUUUCAGCAGAAGGGUAUCAACGACUGGUCCUUCUUGUCGGUGCCGCAGCAGCACUCCUCGAGAGGUCUAAUCGAGCGGCGCCAGUGCCUUCCAAGGGGCAAAGGUUUGGGUGGUUCCGCCAAUCUCAACUACAUGCUGCAUUUUGAUGGCCACGGGGCGGACUUUGAUGCUUGGCGUGAUGUUCACAAUCUGAGUGACUGGAGCUGGGCGCACAUGCGAUCCUUUAUGGCAGCCAGUAAGCCCAAGUCCUCGGAAAUGUUCGAAGUUCCUCGUGGUUAUUCUAAGCUAAGUGAGGCUCUGGACGAAGCGCAGGCUGAGUUUGCGCACAAGGAUUGGAUCUUUCGACGCUCCAACUAUAACAUUAAGAACGGCCUGCGCCACUCGGUGGUGCAGCAGUUCCUGAAUCCUGUGCUGCAUCGCGCCAAUCUUCGCCUGCUUCCCGAUGCGUUGGUGAAGCGGAUUCAGCUGUCGACCGACCGGGUGCCCCGUGCCACCUCCAUUCUGGUUGGGACUAAGGAUGAGGACAACAAGGAACAGGAGUUCAGCGUGGAAGUAAGGAGGGAAUUGAUCCUCUGUGCAGGUGCCUAUCAAACUCCACAGCUCCUCUUGGCCUCUGGUAUCGGUGAGAGAAGCAUUUUGAAAAAGCUGGGGAUUCCCCUGCAGCACAAGUUACCUUCGGUGGGUCAGAACCUGCAUGACCACUUCAACCUUCCCCUCUUCGUUUCGAUGGGAGCCACUGGACCCACUAUUAACCAGAGGACACUGCUCAAUCCCAUGACCUUGAUCAAUUUUCUCAGCUCGGGGACCGGACCUCUCGGCAAUUUCGGAGUACUCGGAAAUGUGGCCAGCCAUGGUGAAUCCUCACCUUACGGCAUCACCUUCUUUGGAGCCGGCGCCAUUGAUGAGGCUGCCCUCAUGUCCAUAUCAAACUUUAAGGGCGCUGCAUUCCGAGCGCUCUUUCCGCGCUACUACAAUGCCUCCCAGGAGGGAUUCGUGGUGAUCUCCAGCUGUCUGCAGCCUAGAUCUCGGGGCUCUGUCGGACUCCUAAACCGGCACAUGCGACGGAAUCCCCUGAUCGAUCCCAACUACCUCAGCCGAGACGUAGAUGUGGUAUGCACCAUAGCGGCCAUUCGGAGUGCUGUGAAGCUGGUCACCUCUGCAGCCUUCGCUUCAUUGCAUCCCCGCAUUCACUGGCCCAAGCUGCAGGAGUGCUCUAACUUCGGUCCCUUCGAGCGGGACUUUUCCGAGAAUCGCCCAUCGGAUCACUACUUGGAGUGCCUGUUGCGCCACAUUGGCCUCGGGUCGCAUCAUCCGGGUGGCACCUGUGCUCUGGGCAGCGUCGUAGACUCCAAAUUGAGAUUACAGGGCGUGUCCAAUGUGCGGAUAGUGGAUGCCAGCGUGCUACCCCGUCCCGUCUCGGGGAAUCCCAACUCGGUGGUCGUCGCCAUCGCAUUGAGAGCGGCCUCCUGGAUACUCAAGAGCGAACUGCAGGCCGGCGCCGCAUCUGAUUUACAAUAAAUUGUUUCUCUGUGAGAUUGCUAUAAAACCAUUUAGAUCUUGGCAAAUUACACUGAAUGAAAUAAAUAGCAAGGAAAGUACAAUUACCA